UUUUCUGUGUUGUGUUGUGUCUAUGUCUGUUGUCCUUUUUACUACAGUUGAUGAGUCAAUGCCGACACGCUUCUAAAAUCCCACUUCAAAGACAAGAUCAAUACAAUACAACAUUGUUCUACUCUUCUUUGUCUUGUUGGAGAUUGAGAAUAUGAGGGUGUAGUAAAAAGCAACUUCUUUUUUCUUUUUCAUCUUCUGGGUCAUCAUGAUCCCAAUGUCAGAUUUUAUUAUUCUGGGGUUUGGUUGAUCCUAAUUCAUUCGAAGAUACAUACUUUUUGUGGUUUUCUUCAUACCCUUUUGCUUAAUGUUUCUGCUGAUUUUGUUGCUAGUAUUUCAUCAGUGUUCAACUUCAUUCACUUGUCGCCUUUCGAUAUCAAAUUGUUGUCUGAAGUCUGAACAUCUUAUUCAAGAAGCUCCCAACUCUGAUAAACUGAAGCUGUAUCCAAUUUGGCAGGUACAAGAAAUGGCAAAACAAACCUGAAGAGUCUCAAAUAAGAACAACACUAGUGGUGGAAGUUCUAUAAUUUUGUACUGUUUCUUGGAUCAAAUAUUAGGCUUUUGCAAAAUCAAAACCACUUGUGUUGUUGUUGCUUUUUGCUGGAGUUAUGGCUACCUUGUCACAAUCUGAGUCUAGACGUUUAUAUUCUUGGUGGUGGGAUAGCCAUAAUACCCCAAAGAAUUCAAAAUGGCUUCAGGAAAACCUUACAGAUAUAGACUCCAAAGUGAAAUCAAUGAUCAAGCUCGUUGAAGAGGAAGCAGAUUCAUUUGCAAGGAAGGCAGAAAUGUACUAUAAGAAGCGGCCGGAACUCAUGAAACUAGUGGAGGAGUUCUAUCGAGCAUACCGUGCAUUAGCAGAGAGAUAUGAUCAUGCCAUGGGGGAGCUACGCCAUGCACAUAAAACAAUGCCAGAAGCAUUUCCCAACUCAGCGCAUUACAUUCUGAAUGAUGAUUCACCAUGUGAUUCUUUCGGCCCCGAUGCAGAACCACAUACACCAGGACCAGGACCAAGACCAGGAAUGGCCCGUCCAAUUCAUCGAUCAAAAAAGAAGCAUUCAGUGGCAGCAGAAAGUGAAGUUCAAACCUUAAGGGAAGCCCUGGCAAAAGUGCAAUCCGACAAGGAUGCUCUCUUUCUUCAGUACCAGAAGAGUUUGGAGAAGUUAUCCGAAAUGGAAAAAGAUCUUAAUGAGGCACAAAAAGAUGUUGGAAGCCUUGACGAACGAGCAAGUAAAGCUGAAAUUGAAGUUCAAAUAUUGAAGGAAUCUCUGACGCAGCUAAAAGAAGAGAAGUAUGCUGGGGAAGUUCAGUACAAUCAGUGUCUAGAAAGUAUAGCUAGAUUGGAGACAAUGUUAUCUAUGGCUCAGUUGGAAGCCCAGGGAUUUGAUGAGAGAGCUACUAAAGCGGAAAUUGAAGCCGAAAAUCUAAAGCAAGAACUUAGUAGAUUGGAAUCUCAGAAGGAUACUGUUUUUCAUCAAUAUAAGCAGUACCUUGAAAAGAUUCCAAUCUUGGAGAGCAAGAUAACAGUUGCUGCGGAGAAUUCCAGGAUGCUAAAUGAGCAAAUUGAAAGAGCAGAACUGGAAGUCAAAGCAUUGAAGAAAAAUCUUGCUGAACUGAAUGAAGAGAAAGAGUCCCUUUCUGUUCUUUACCAUCAUUGCCUGGAGAAAAUAUCUAAAAUGGAGAAUGAACUUCUGCGUGCCCAAGAAAAUGCCGAACAACUAAAAAAUGAAGUUGAGAAAGGAGUUGAAAAACUUGAGAAUUCUGAAAAACAUUGUGAUAUGUUGGAGAAAUCAAACCGAAAUCUUCGAUUAGAGGCUGAAAAGUUAGUGCAGAAGAUAACAUUGAAAGACCAAGAGCUUCAAGAGAAGCAUACUGAGAUAGAGAGACUGCAGACUGCGAUGCAUGCAGGGGAUUCUCACUUUAUUCAAAUUGAAUCAGGUUUGAAGACUCUGCAGAAUCUUUACUCUCAAUCACAACAGGAGCAAAGAAAUCUUGCUUUAGAGCUUAAAUAUGCACUUCUGCUUUUGAAGGACUUGGAGCUUUCCAAACAAGGUUUCAAGGAAGAGGUGCAAGAGAUUGUGGAAGAAAACAAGACUCUGCAUGAACUUAACUUCUCUUCCACUAAGUCAUUAAAAACACAGCAACUGGAAAUCUGUAAGUUGAAGGAGAUCAAAGAGAAACUCGAACGAGAGUUUGCUGUAAAUGCUGAAGAAAGCAAUGCCCUCGGGCGUGAAGCUCAUCAAAUAAAAGAUGAUAUACAGUACUUGAAUGAGAGAUAUCAGGCUAUGCUGGAACAACUACAGAGUUUAGGUUUGAAUCCUAAUUCUUUUGCAGCAUCUGUAAAAGAUCUACAAAAUGAGAACUUAACGCUAAAAGAGGCCUGCAAAAUGGAACACAGUGAGAAUGAAAUUCUUCGUGAAAAAUCGAAGGAUUUGGAUGAAAUUUUGAUAGAAAAUGCCUUUAUGGAAUUUUCCAUGUUAAGACUGAUUGAUGAGUUAGAUGGAUUAAGAGGAACAGUGAAGGAAAUUCAACAGUUAUGCCAGGUUCUCCAGGAAGACAAAUCCAUUCUCGUCGAUGAGAAAUCAAAUCUACUUUCACAGCUGCAAAUUAUCACCGACGGUAUGCAGAAGCUAUUGGAGAACAAUACCUUGCUGGAGAAGUCCCUCUCCGAUGCAAAAAAUGCUUUUGAAGGUUUGAAGACAAAAUUUGAUGACUUGGAAGAAUUCUGCAAAUUGCUUAAUGAUGAGAAGCACAAUCUUCUAAAUGAAAGAAACAUGCUAAUAUCUCAAUUGGAGAUGGUUGAGGCAAAACUAAGUAGCCUGGAAAAGAAGGUUAAAGAAUUAGAAGAAAAAUAUGUAGAUGUUGAGAAAUACAAAGAAAGUGCAGGCAAUCAAGUAGAAGAACUUCUUGCUUCAAUUUUGGUACAAAAAGAGGAGCAUUCUAAUCACAAACACUCGAGCGAAGCCCGACUGGUGAAUUUGGAGAAUCUAGUUCGCGUACUUCAGGAAGAACAACGUUUGGGGAAGAUAGAAUUCGAGCAAGAAUUUGACAAAGCUGUUAAUGCUCAAGUUGAGAUGUUCAUUUUGCAAAAUUGUAUUGAAGAGUUGGAGCUGAAGAACAUGGUCUUGUUAACUGAAUGUGAAAAGCUUGUUGAGGCAUCGAAACUUUCUGAUAAAGUUAUCUUGGAGUUGGAGAGUGAAAAUCUUAUGCAGCUUAUUGAAGAAGAGCUAUUGUUAUAUGAAAUCGGAAAGUUUAAAAUGAGUAUCCGUAAAGUGUGUGAGGUUCUUCAGAUUGAUUCAGAUGGAGGGUGUGACGAUGGAUUCAAUCAAGAAGAUAUACCAAUUCCGCGUAUAUUGGACAAAAUCAAGGACUUGGAAAGUUCUCUUGUGAAAAGCCAAGAGGAGAAGAAACAGCUGCUUGUAGAGAAUUCUGUCCUCCUAGCUUCACGUCAGCAUCAUCAAUCUGAGGGAGAAAAACUAAAGUCAGAGAAAAACAUCAUGGAGCAAGAGUUUGAAAACAUGAGAGAGCAGAAUGCAAUCUUGCAGAAAGAUAAAGUUGAACUUCUAGAGGAGAACAGGCAACUGAGGAUUGAAGUGGUAAAUGGAAAAGAAAAAGAAUGUACAUCAAAAUCUACUUUGGCAGCUCUGCAUGCUGAGGUAUUGGAUUUGCGGCGAUCAAAUCAAGUGUUUCAAGAAGAAAACGGUAAGAUGCUUGAGGAGAAAAAAUCAUUGCGUAGGAGUAUUUUGGACCUCAAAGAUGGAAUGUCUGCGGCUGAAGAUGAGAACAGUGUAGUCUUCCAUGAGGUGCUAGCUCUAAGCAACCUCAAUUUGGUUUAUGAGAACUUUCUUACUGAGAAAGUCGUCGAACAAAGAGAACUUUGCAAACAUCUCGGCAAUCUUAGCAAUUUGAACAAUGACCUCAACCAGGAACUUGGUGUGUUAAGGAAGAAUUUUGAGGUGAAAGAAGCAGAGAAUGUUUAUCUGAAUGAGUCAACUGAGAGGAUGGAGAAAGAGCUGGUGGAAGUCAAAAAUGCAAAUUGCUGUUUAAAUCAUCAUGUUGAAAAUUCAGAGAAUCUUCUCAAGAAGAAAGAGGAAGAGAUGCUGGAAAUGGAGAAAAGGCUGAAGGCUGCAGAGACAUCGAAUUCGGAGUUUUCUAGAUAUAUUGAGGAGCUGAAGAUGGAUCAAGAAGAAUCAAGACUGAACACAGAAAAUCUAGACAGGCAGAUUCUUGAACUAUCAGAAAACUGCAUGUAUCACAGAAAAGAAAUUGAACACCUUAAUGAAGAAAAUGAAACUUUACAGUCUCAGAUGAGAAUACUGCUUGAUGAAGUAGAACAACGCAGGGCUAAGGAAGAAACACUGAAUUUAGAGUUGUUGAAUAAAACAAAUGACUUCAAACUUUGGGAGGCUGAGGCGGCUGCAUUCUAUUUUGAUCUUCAGAUGUCAUCUACUUUUGGAGCACUGUUAGAAAGCAAGGUUACUGAGCUUACUGGUGUUUGCAAGAAACUUGAUGAUGAAAGUUCUGCAAAAAGCUUGGAGAUUGAACACAUGAGAGAAAGAGUCAGUUUACUGGAAAGUGAAAUUAGAGGACUCAAGGGGAAGUUAUCUGCAUAUGUUCCAGUUGUUUCUUCUUUAAAAGAGGACUUUGCAUCUCUUGAGCACAUUUCCUUCCUUUGGACAAAAAGAAAUUCUUCUGUAGGCAACGGAGCACAAAAGGAUGUAGUCAUUGGUACUCGUCUCCAAGAACAUAGCCACCAAAUUUUAAGAGAAGAGGAAAGUGUGUCAAUACCAGAUGGUGUUUCAGAUUUGCUGACAUUGCAGAUAAGGAUUAGAGAAGUAGAAAAGAUUAUGACAGAAGAACUUGAAAGACGUGUGAAGCAGAAAAGUCUGGCUGCAGAAGCGACUAGAUAUUCGACUUUGGAAGUUGCCGCGUAUCCGAAAAUUGACAGCAGAAAAAAGGUGACGAAACUUAAGGAAGAGAGCAUAAUUGAGCACAAUGUGUGGAGAAAAAGGCCUAAAAUUAGGUUAUUGAUGAAAGACAUUGCUCUUGAUCACAAUGCGGAUGAUUCACAGUCCAAGUAUUGGAAGAGAGAUCAUAGAAGGAGUAAUGAUCCUGUGUUAGAGUUAUGUGAAACUCAUGAACGAGGUUCUACUCCAUUAGAGGAUCAUGCUAUAAUAAGCUAUCCUUCAGAAAAUUCAGGAAGAUAUCUAAAUUACUCCUCAGAAUUGGACAUAGAGAAGGAAUUAGGCGUUGACAAGCUCGAGUUAUCAAAAUCUGUAAAAGAGACAACUGAAGAUAAUAAGAGGAGGAUCUUGGAGAGGCUUGCAUCAGAUGGUCAGAAAUUAGCCAUUCUUAAAAUGGCUUUGCAAGACAUGAAAAAGAAACCUGAGGCAAUGAAGAAAAGCAAGCAAGGAAAUAAUGACAUUGAAUAUGAAACAGUGAAAAGACAUAUAGAAGAAGUUGAGGAAGCUGUGAUGCAACAAGUAAGUAUAAAUGAUCAACUGGCAAAAAAUGUUGAAGAGAGAAACUCACCUUUGGAUAGGGAUACAAGAAGAGUUGCAGAACAGGCACGAAUAGGUUCCGAACAAAUUCGACGGUUGCAGUUUGAAGUGCAGAACAUCCAAUACAUAUUGGUGAAAUUGGCUGAUGACAGCAACAACAAAGCAAAAAACAGAAUCUCUCGAAGAACAGGUGUCAUGUUGAGGGGAUGUAUCCAAAUCGGAAGGAAUAAUAGCAAAAGGCGCAGGAAAGCGUGUUGUGGAUGGUCAAGGCCAUCAACUAAAGAAGACUGAGUCAAAAAAAAUUAGAGACAGUAUGGUUAAUGUUGUAAGUACAUUGUUGUUCAUUUGGGAUGUUUCUACAACUGGCUUAUCAAUGCUUAAUUUAGAGAUUGUCAGUUUAGGCUUGUCUGAGUUCAUAGUAACUUCCUUCACAUUUGCAGUGUAUGUUUUAGCUUCCAAAGAAUUCUACUGAGUGAUUUUUAUAAAGAAAUGCACUAUAACAAUCAAUAAAACCCAACAAGCAGCUGGUUUGUAGUGUACUAUUAUGUUUUCCUU